AUGGUGACUAAUCCAGUAAUCCCCAAGCCCCCACCGGCGCUCCGGAUACCAGAUUCCGCAUAUACAGUAGACGUUAGGGUUAUAGAUACCGGGACCCUCCUCCAUCUUAAUCCAUCCCUUUUUUGGCAACCUCCAAUUGACGGCUUUACUGGGCUUCACGCUCCGAUAUACUGUUUCUUGGUUUCGCAUGGCAACCAACACGUAAUAUUUGAUCUAGGCGUUCGGACAGACUGGGGAAACUAUGCACCCAAGAUAGUUUCCAUUAUCAAGGCUACGACGACUGUCACUCUGGGCUCGGAUGUACCCUCCAUAUUAGAUGAAGAUACUAGCGGUCUCGACAUCCGCAGCGCCGACAUUGGUGCUGUUAUCUGGUCUCACAAUCAUUUUGAUCAUGUCGGGGAUGUGUCCCGGUUCCCACCUACCACUGACCUAGUCGUCGGACCCGGUGUUCAAAACGCUUCAUGGCCCGGUUGGCCGUCGAAUCCUGAUGGGGCCGUACUAGACAGCGACGCAGAGGGCCGCGUAGUUCGCGAGAUCUCUUUCGAGGCAGGGCUCAAGAUUGGUCGUUUCGAUGCCGUGGACUUCUUUGGCGAUGGGUCAUUCUAUCUCUUAGACGCACCAGGACAUGCAGUCGGUCAUCUGUGUGCACUCGCGCGAACAACAGCCGUCGAGCCGACAUUCGUAUUCAUGGGCGCGGAUGCCUGUCACCAUCCAGGCCUUCUUCGACCCAGUAAUUACCUACCAUUACCUACCGGAAACGCCUUGAACGGAGUAUUGACGGGUCCAUCACAAUGUCCGGGAGAACUUCUUCAACAAUUGACGCGCUCCGAUGAGCCAUUCUUCACGGUAGCGCCCCGGAUGUUUCCCGACCACGACGCAGCCACAGAUACAGUCCGGAAAAUCCAGGAACUUGACGCAGCUGACAAUUGUCUUGUCCUAAUUGCUCAUGACCUUUCUUUACGGGAUAGGAUCCCGUUGUUCCCAAAGACCAUCAAUGAUUGGAAAGAGAGUCAGGUGAAGACGGAAACGCGCUGGCUUUUCUGCAACGAUUUCAUGCCCGCCCUGCACCAUCAUGAAAAUAAACGAGGUGCCGAAGAGGGAUCAGUACCUGGUAUCCCUUCUAGAAUUUAG